AUGCGGUAUUGGACAGAUCUAUGGCACCCUUUGGGUAGAUUGAUCGAGGUUGCAGAUGAGAUUGGAACUCAGAAACUGGGUAUAGCGCAUACAGCUUUGGUGAGUGAAGUGUGGAAUGCGGGUCGUUGGGUCUUUCGUCGAUGCCGAGACAGGCAAAUGCGCAAUCUUAUACUAGCAGUCGAAAGCCACACCUUUGAUGAUGAUCACACUGGUCCUGAUAUUGCUCUAUUGAAGCGGGGGACAAAUGAGUAUGGUAAGAGCUUCUCUACUACGGAAACGUGGCAGCAGAUACAUGUGCAUAGCCCUACUACGGCAUGGAGUAAAGUGAUAUGGUUCGCCUUAGGAGUACCUCGUUUUGGAUUCAUUUCUUGGCUUGCAAUAAGGAAUAGGUUAUCUACGGGGGAUCGCAUGUGCGCUUGGGGCCAGACCCAAGGAUGCUUGUUCUGCGGUGAGCCUAACGAGUCACGGGAUCACCUUUUUUUCGCCUGCCCCUACACUUACACGCUUUGGCUAGAGGUAGUAGGAACACUUCUGGGCCGACCUCCUGAUCCAGACUGGGAAACUACACUUCAUCUUCUUGCUACACACAGUUUUGAUCGCCUUACCUAUGCCCUUCUGCGCCUAGUUUUCCAAGUUACAAUCUACAUGGUUUGGAGAGAGAUGAAUGACAGGAAACACCAAAAGAGGUCACGACAAGCUAUCCAAUUGGCUAAGGUAGUUAAGAAAGCCGUGAAAAAUCGUCUACUGUCAGUUAAGUACUGGGAGAAACCUCGGCUGCGAGGUCUGAUGCAGAUCUGGUUCCAUGCACACUCUUAG